GCGGGCAGUACAACCCCGCCAAUUUUUUCUUUCCCUAUCAAGCUCCGAUUGUCAAUUGCUCACUGGCUGUGACGUGACGCGACAACUCCAACACCACACGCAAGCAGGCACAAACACGCCGGCGCCCACGCCCACGCCCACGCCCACGCCCAGUCCUGCUACACCAUGUCCGGCCGCGGCGGUGGCAGAGGAGGCGGAGGCUUCCGUGGCGGCCGUGGAGGCGGCGCCAGAGGGAGUCUUGCCAAUGUCGCUUGGGCUAAUGACCCAACCCUCAAGGCCGACAUGCGCCCGUCCGAGGUGUUCCCGGAAUAUGUCGUCCCAACAGCCGCGCCUUUGACCACGAGAGAAAAGUCUCAAGUCUCAUCGUACCUGCUCGUAUGCGAACAGAUUCACUCCGGGCCACUUUACACGCAGACCAGAACCUGGAAUGUCGACUCAGACACUCCGUUGCGAACUUAUGGCCAAGAACAGGUCAAUCAACGUUACGGCGUCAAGAACAAGGCCACUGUUGACCCUUUCUUCAGCAUGCCGAUGUACUCGAAGAGGCUGGAGCGCAGGGAGCGCACCCUGCCAGACCUCUCGGCGAGGCCAUUCAUGAAAACUCUCUUUCCCGCCGAAUUACACGACACACUCGAUGGCAACGAUGGUGCCGGUAAGAGUGGGCGCGGUGGUGCCGGCAAGAAGAAGGUACUUACUCUUUCCGAUGUCCACUCGCUCCGAACCGCAGAGGAUAUCUUUGGACGGAACGAGACGGAGGAGGAGCGCAAAAAGCGCCUCGAGGCACUUGCCAAGGAGGAAGAGGACGGCGAUCUGGAUGCAGAGGAUGAGGAGGGCAUGGAGGAGGAGAUGGACGAUGAGUUUGAGGACUCGGACGAGGGAGAUUACAAUGCCGAGGCUUACUUUGACGGCAACGACUACGACGACUACGACGAAGGGGAUGAUGGAGCAGAGGGCAUCUACUGAUGUUUGUGGCGGUUGAGGAUUAUUAUUAUUAUUUUCUUCCUUGUAUCACCAUACCGGCGGCGCCAGGCGUUUUCAUUGUACGGCGUUUCUUUUGGGCAGAUACCAGUUUCAGUUACGCUAAAAGAAUGAUUUCAGGAUA